AGAGUCAGAGACACCGCGAUGCUCUAAGCAUAAAAUAAAAUGAAAUAAAAUAUAGAGGAAAAAAAACCGAAGAGAGCUAUAAAUCUUCUUUCUGAUAAUCCGAUGCUCUGAGUUUGUUCGUAAAUUUGAUUUAUCGAACAUUUGCUCCAAUCCGCUUAAAAUGACAUCAAUGGUUUCUAAGGCUAGCAGUAGUAGUAUCUGUCAAGUGUCUCCUUCAGUUCCGAUCGAAGAAAAGGGAAGUAGGAAUAAGAGGAAAUUUCGGGCUGAUCCACCUGUAUGUGACCAGAGUGAGAGUAUUUUGUUGCCUCAAAUUGAAUGCCCAACUUAUGAAUUUUCAGCAGAGAAAUUUGAAAUCAACGCGUGUAUUGGACAACCAAGUGCCUGUGAUAUGUGUAGUGUUAACCAGGACCAUUCUGAUGGGUUGAAACUUGACCUUGGGUUGUCUAGUGCUAUAGGCUCAUCUGAGGUUGGGCCUAGCCGGCCUAGAGAAGAAAUAGAGGUAGGCGAAUCCCAAGAUGCUGAUUGGAGUGAUCUUACAGAAGCUCAUCUUGAAGAACUAGUUUUAAGCAAUUUAGAUGCCAUUUUCAAGAGUGCAAUUAAAAAAAUUGUUGCUUGCGGUUGCACAGAAGAAGUUGCUACUAAGGCUGUCUUAAGGUCUGGCAUUUGUUAUGGGUAUAAAGACACAGUGACAAAUAUAGUGGAUAAUGCUUUAGCAUUUCUUAGAGGUGGCCUAGAGAUAGAUCCCUCAAGAGAGUACUAUUUUGAGGAUUUAGAGCAGCUGGAGAAGUAUGUACUGGCAGAGUUGGUUUGUGUUCUUCAAGAAGUUAGGCCUUUCUUCAGCACUGGGGAUGCAAUGUGGUGCUUGUUGAUUUGUGAUAUGAAUGUGUCACAUGCUUGUGCAGUGGGUGGAGACCACUUGAGUACUUUUGCAUGCGAUGGGUCCUCAAGUGGGAUUUCUUAUGUUUCCACUCAACCCCAGUUGAAAACAGAAACCAAAAGUUUGGAAUCGAAUCCUCCAAGUCCUCUGAAACCAUUUACUUGUUCUCAUGGUACUGAAUCUGAGGCACCCACUAUGGCAGGGGUUCCCAACCUUACAAAGCCAAAGAGUUCACUUGUUCUCAACGGGCUAGUAUCAGAGAAAGAAGAAGGAACAAAUACAACAUCCGAUACUGUUGAUAGAUCCUUUAAUGUUGCAGGAACAUGUCAAUCUCCUGCCAUGGAAGAGAAGUUUGGGGGAAGUAGAAAGGUACAUUCUGGUAGUUCCAAGAGAGAAUACAUGCUUCGACAAAAGCCACAUCAUGUGGACAAACAUUACCGGACGUAUGGAUCUAAAGGAUCUUCAAGAGGAGGGAAGCUGAGUGGUUCUGGUGGUUUAAUCUUGGAUAAGAAAUUAAAAUCUGUCACGGACUCUACUGCCAUUAAUCUAAAAAAUGCUUCCUUAAAGCUAAGCAAGCCUAUGGGAGUUGGCCUGCCUCAGGACAACUGUAACCAUAGUCUUUCAACCAACUCUGGACCCUCUUCCUCAGUAGAUUCCGACCCAGAAAGUGUUAAUAAUAUGUCUGCAUUGUCUAAGACCAAUACCUUAACCAAAUUACAUGAAGUUAAUUCUCCGCUUUCAUUUGCAUCAGUUAGUACGCCACCUCCAUUAUCAGCUGCCAAUACUGAGCUCUCUCUUUCACUUCCUACAAAGAGUAACUCUGCUUUGGUGCCCGUAUGCGGUAAUGCCGAGCCACCUAAGAGUAGUUACGCUGAGAUACCAUAUGAUCGGUCUCUAGGGCAGUGGGUUCCCCGGGACAGGAAGGAUGAGAUGAUUUUGAAACUAGUUCCAAGGGUUCGGGAACUGCAAAAUCAGCUCCAUGAGUGGACUGAAUGGGCAAAUCAGAAAGUUAUGCAGGCUGCUCGUAGGCUGGGUAAGGACAAGGCUGAACUCAAGACAUUGAGGCAAGAGAAAGAAGAAGUUGAACGGCUCAAGAAAGAGAAGCAGACUCUGGAGGAAAACACUAUGAAGAAGCUAUCUGAGAUGGAGAAUGCUUUGUGUAAGGCUAGUGGGCAGGUUGAGCGAGCUAAUGCUACUUUCCGAAAGCUUGAGGUUGAGAAUACUGAACUGAGGAAAGACAUGGAAGCUGCUAAAUUACAUGUGGAAGAGUCAGCUGCAAGCUGUCAGGAGGUAUCAAAGAGGGAGAAGACGACACUGAUGAAAUUUCAGUCAUGGGAGAAGCAAAAAACCUUGUUGCAACAAGAACUAAUGACAGAAAGACUCAAAGUAAAACAGCUGCUACAGGAAUUGGAGCAAGCCAAAGUCCUCGAGGAGCGAUUUGAGGAUAGAUGGAAACAUGAGGAGAAAGUAAAUGGAGAACUACUUAUGCAAGCCAAUUCCAUUAGAAAAGAAAGAGAAGAAAUCGAGACUUCUGCAAGAUCAAAGGAGAAUAUGAUUAAAUCCAAAGCAGAGAAGAAUCUGAUGAAAUUCAAAGAUGAUAUUCAGAAGCUUGAAAAAGAAAUCUGCCAAUUGAGACUGAAAACUGAUUCUUCAAAAAUUGCCGCACUCAGGAGGGGUAUUGAUGGAGGUUAUGUCACCAGACUCGCAGACAUAAAAAAUAGCCCAGAUCACAAGGAUCCCUGGAUCCCUUAUAUCUCAGAAGUUGUAAAAGAUUUUCAGGACUACUCUGGUGCUGGUGUCAAACGUGAACGGGAGUGCGUGAUGUGCCUUUCAGAGGAGAUGUCUGUGGUUUUUCUUCCGUGUGCUCAUCAGGUAGUGUGUCCAACUUGCAAUGAGCUCCAUGAGAAACGGGGGAUGAAGGAUUGCCCUUCCUGCAGGAGUCCCAUACAGCAGCGAGUUUCUGUUCGUUAUGAUCGUUCUUAGUUGUUUUGGUAAUGGAGCUGAGUGUUCUGAAUAAUGAUAAUAGAACUCCUUUGAAAUGAAUAAUUCAUUUGAACGACCCUUUUCAA